GAUUUUCAGGAUAAAUUGUAAAAAAUUCUCUCCGUGAACAUAUCUUUUGAUUAAAGUUACGGCUCUCCAGAAAUCUUCCAGAAAGAAGGAAUAUCGGAUACCCUUUGUUGAAUGUAUAAUCAUUUAUUUAGAAACGAGGAGGAAUUACGUUGGGCUUGGACUGCUUGGAGAAAUCGUAUGUGCCACACAAAGAAACUCUUUGGCCAGUUAGUGAAUCUUCAAAACACUGCUGCGCAAAACAACGGCUACACUGAUAUCGGAGAGUAUUGGAGAGAGGAGUACGAAAUUCCGGACUUGGAAAGCGUUUUUGAAGAAAUGUAUCGACAAGUUGAGCCUCUUUAUCGUCUUCUUCACGCCGUCGUGAGAUUCCGACUUGCAAAGUUGUAUCCCGACGUCGUUGAUACGUCUCUGCCAAUUCCCGCUCAUUUAUUAGGCAACUUGUGGUCGCAAAGUUGGGAAGCAUUGAUCGACGUGGUGUUUCCAAAUUACACCACGAUUAUGCCGAGUCUAACGGACUCGAUGACACAAGAAAAUUACAGCGUAAUAAAAAUGAUUAAAACCGCAGAAGAUUUUUAUACAUCGCUCGGAUUUCGACCGUUAUCGUCAGAAUUCUGGAAGAACUCUAUCUUUGAACAAGAAACUGACAGGGGAUCUAGCUGCCACGCAACCGCGGUCAACAUGUAUAAAAAGGAUGACUUUAGAAUUUUUGCGUGUUUAGAAACGCAACCGCAAGAUUUCAACGUCAUUCAUCACGAGAUUGGUCACAUACAGUAUUAUAUGGCAUAUCAAAGUCAACCGUCCUUUUUUAAAAAUGGAAUCAACAGUGCUUUUCACGAGUCAAUAGGCGAUGCCAUUUCGUAUGGGGCAACUUCUUUUCGACACAUGCACCGUCUCAGAUUGAUUCGUAGCGCGUUUGCAGCACCCGGUAAUUUGUCUGAAGCAAAUUCGCGUUUGCAAGAUUCAUUGAAAAUGGCUCUUCUUUUAAAGCAAGCUUUACUUAAAAUACCGCAAGUAUCCAAUGGACUAAUAAUAGAGAAAUGGAGAUGGUCCGUUUUCUCCGGUAAGAUACAGCCACCGAGAUACAACACAUUCUGGUGGAGCUUGCAUCGUCGAUACAUGGGCGUCGUACCGCCAUCACAGAGGUCCGAAAAGUACUUUGAUCCUGCAGCGAAAUUCCAUAUCGCCCACGGUAUACCUUAUGCUGGAUACUUCCUGGGGAACUUUCUGCAAAUUCAAUUAUUUCAAGGAAUGUGCGAGGCAUCGUUGAAUCUACCAGUUGGUUCUACGGCGUUUAACUUACCUCUUCACAAAUGCGACAUUUAUGGCUCAAAGGAUGCGGGAAAGUUCUUAAGGUUGGUAAAAGCUUCGACUGCAAAUUCUUACAAAAUAAUAGUUUUAAUUUUGGUUUUUUUUUCAAAAACAAGGAAAGGAAAUAGUAAAAAAAAACAUGAAAAAGGAUAUAUGAAUGUGUGUAAAAAAAGUGAUUUUACCUCACUUCAUGCUUCCAGGUCUAUUAUGAAAUUCGGAAGCAAAGCAGAUUGGACAUAUGCGUUACAUGUGACAACGGGUUACUCGGAGUAUCGCGUGGAACCGUUCCUAGCUUACUAUGAACCGGUUCGUAAAUGGCUGCAACGCGAAAUUGAACGUCACAGGAUUCCAGUUGGCUGGAAUUGA